UCACUGGGUGUGUAAGGCUGCAGAGCACACAGGGAAUGCUUUGUUUUGUUUAACCCGGUGAGCACCAGGCGGGGAAGCGUUUCUUGCAGCCUGGGGGCUGAUCCCCGCCGCGGCGCAACGACCCACCCGCUGGCCUCCACGCUGGCUGCGGCGCCCGGGCUUCCCCACAGUUUAAUCCCACAGGUGGCGACGGGGAAAUUAGUUUAAUCCCCCCCCCACCCCCAACAAGGCUCCGGCGAUGCCCGGGACAGACGGCAGACGUCCCAGAGGACCCUCCGGAGAGCCUCUCUCCCGGACCAGGCAGGUCGCAGGCUCGAGCGGGAGAUUUGACAGGCCGCGGACAGGGUCCCGGACCCAGCCCUCCGCCAGCAUCGUCGGCUCCCCGCGCCACUUUACCUCUAGUCUUGCCACCACCGCCGCCGCUGCUGCCGCUGCCGCUGCCGUCGCCGCCGCCUCCACCGCGCGCACCCCUCACAGGGCGAAUCUUGAGUCCUCGCCACUGCCGCCGGGGCUAGGAGCUCCCACCCCCGCCCCCUCAGUAUUCGGCCCCUCUGAGCAAGCAGUCUGUAGGAACCAGCUCCUGAGAGCACCGGGACUGCCAGGAACCCAUCUGCUAAUCACCUUCCUCAGUGGUUCGACAGCUUUCAGCCUGCACCCAACCUGCCCUCUGAAGCUGCCGUACUCUCGGCUGACACUGGGAGGUCUCAGAAACACUUUAACCUACCUGCACGGUAAUUGCCUUCUUCAGGAGAGCAAGGAACGCUUCCCUGUGGUUGUCACUCUGUAG